AUGGUCCAAUGCAGAUUAUACCUCAAUAAAACUGUACACAAAACCCACACGUAUCCGUCUUCCACUGGAGUUCAACUCAUGAGUGUGUCUUCCUUCACAGCCUGGCUCCAAACCUAUCUUCCCAGUCUUAGCUCCCACCUCUCCCCUCCGAUCAUUCACUCAGCAAACAUUCGAACAUUCCAUGAAUGGUCCAGCGUUAGACAUUCUGCUGAGGGCCAGAAAAGAGAACCUCUGUCCUCAGGGAACUCACAGGCCAGUCUAGGAGCAGAAAGAAAGGGUGCCCAACCUGGACAAACACCAGUGAUCCUAGAGGAUCACUGA